CUGGCCCGGCCCCUUCUCUAAGGAAGCGCAUUUCCUGCCUCUCUGGGCCAAGCUGGAUGAGCUGAGCUCCCUGCCCUGACAGUCAGUCCCCUGCCUUCAUCUGUGUCCCGUCCCCAGACCAGGACCGCCGACAGCUGCUGUCCAAAAGAGCCCAGUGUCUCUUUCCCACCAUCCAGUCAGCUAGAGACCCCUGCCCUGCUGUGAGUCUCGAGCCCACUUCUCCUGACUUCUCGGCCGCCACCUCAGAAGGCUGGAGCAGGGACGUGGUCGCUCCGGCCGCCUGCUCCCUUCGGAUCCCCGCUCGAACCCACGCAGGCCCCGGCGCCCGCCCGCAGCCCUGCCUCUGGAUACCGGAUAAGGCCCAGCGCGCAGACUCCCGGGUGGACAGCAUGGACCGUGGUGUGCUCUCUCUGCCCAUUACCCUGCUGCUUGUCAUCUAUAGCUUCGUACCCACAACAGGUCUUGCAGAAAGAGUCGGUUGUGAUCUACAGCCUGUGGACCCCACAAGGGGUGAGGUGACAUAUACCACCAGCCAGGUCUCUGAGGGCUGCGUCGCUCAGGUUGCCAAUGCUGCACGUGAAGUCCAUGUUCUCUUCCUGGAUUUUCCCAAUAUGCUGUCACAGCUGGAGCUGACUCUUCAGUCAUCCAAGCAAAACGGCACUGCGUCCCGGGAGGUGUUCCUGGUCCUCGUUUCGGACAAAAGUGUCUUCGUGAAGUUCCAGGCGCCGGAAGUCCCACUGCACCUGGCCUACAACUCCAGCCUGGUCAUCAUCCAAGGGCAGCCAAGGGUCAACAUCACACCACUACCAUCCCUUACCUCCAAGAAACAGAUCCUCGACUGGGCAACCUCCAAGGGCGCCAUCGCCUCGAUAGCGGCACUGGAUAACCCCGAAAGCAUCGUCCUCCGGCUGGGUCAAGACGCAAAGGCACCACCCUUGUGCUUGCCAGAAGCUCACAAGGACAUGGGCGACACACUUGAAUGGCAACCGCAAGGCCAGACCCCAGUCCAAGGCUGCCGCUUGGAAGGUGUGACUGGCCACAAAGAAGCCUACAUCCUGAAGAUCCUGCCAGGUUCUGAGGCCCGGCCCCGGACAGUGACCGUAUCCGUGAAACUGAGUUGCACAUCUGGAGACGCCGUUCUCAUCCUGCAGGGUCCUCCGUAUGUCUCCUGGCUCAUCGAUUCCAACCACAACAUGCAGAUCUGGACCACAGGUGAAUACUCCAUCAAGAUCUUUCCAGAAAACCCCAUCAAAGGCUUCGCGCUCCCAGACACACCCCACGGCCUGAUAGGGGAGGCGCGCUCGCUCAACGCCAGCAUUAUAGCCUCCUUUGCAGAGGUCCCUCUGGCCAGCGAAGUCUCUCUGAGGGCCUCCAGCUGCGGUAGUGUGCUCCAGACCUCCCCUGCACCCGUUGUGACCACGCCUCCUAAGGAAACGUGCAGCCCUGUGCUACUCAUGUCCCUGAUCCAGCCAAAGUGUGGCAAUCGCGUCAUGACUCUGGCACUCAAUAAAAACCAUGUGCAGACUCUACAGUGCACUAUCACAGGCCUGACUUUCUGGGACUCCGGCUGUCAGGCUGAAGACACUGACGGCCAUCUUGUCCUGAGUAGCUCCUACUCCAACUGCGGCAUGAAAGUGACUGCUUAUGUAAUCAGCAAUGAGGUGAUCGUCAGCUUCCCGUCUGGCUCACCACCACUUCGGAAAAAGGUACAGUGCAUCGACACGGACAGCCUCUCCUUCCAGCUGGGCCUCUACCUCAGCCCGCACUUCCUCCAGGCAUCCAACACCAUCGAGCUAGGCCAGCAGGGCUUCGUACAGGUGAGCAUGCCCCAGUUGACCUCUGAGGUCACAGUCCAGCUUGAGAGCUGCCAUCUGGAUUUGGGGCCCGAAGGGGACAUGGUGGAACUCAUCCAGAGCCGGGCGGCCAAGGGCAGCUGUGUGAACUUGCUGUCCCCAAGCCCUGAAGGCCAUCCACGCUUCAGCUUCCUUCUCCGUGUCUACAUGGUGCCCACGCCCACUGCUGGCACCCUCAGCUGCAACCUGGCCCUGCACCUUAGCACCUUGUCCCAGGAAGUCCACAAGACAGUCUCCAUGCGCCUGAACAUUGUCAGCCCUGACCUGUCUGGUAAAGGCAUCGUCCUGCCCUCUGUCCUGGGCAUCACCUUCGGUGCCUUCCUCAUUGGGGCCCUGCUCACAGCUGCUCUCUGGUACAUCUAUUCUCACACACGUGCCCCCAGCAAGCGGGAGCCCGUGGUGGCAGUGGCUGCCCCGGCCUCCUCUGAGAGCAGCAGUACCAACCACAGCAUCGGGAGCACCCAGAGCACCCCCUGCUCCACCAGCAGCAUGGCAUAGUGCCCAGCCCGGAGCCUCGGCGAGCCCCCCAGCCAGCCCUUGCCCUGCAGGAGAGACCGGGCAGCCACAAGCCGGGAACCACUGGCCGUGAGCCAAACACCUGCCCUCACCGAGGAUGAAGUGUCCUUUCCACCUGCUCCUCAUCUGUCCCUCGCAGAGGCUCAUCAUCGCCAGUGGAGACUUCAGCUUGGGAUGCCUUGGGAUCUCUUCACCCCGCUUUACAGAACUGCCCAACCCAGGGGAGGGGCUCUGGGGUAUGGCUGCCCAGGACUACAGAAAGACACAUCACUGCUGUGGACCUCCGUGCCGCUGUAGAGAGUCCUAACCCUAACCCUUCAAGCUGGGUCCUGUGCAGGGUGGGAGGCAAGAAGUCAUGCCCAGCUUUGCCCAGCGCCGCCGGCAUCUGGCCCCAGGAGCCUCCUCACCUGGACUGGCACAACCUUCAUUGGGGGAAAUGGAAGCUGAGGGGGGCUCAGUCCAGCCGGCUUAGAUGGCUUAGAGACCAGGGGGCGGGGGCGGGGCGGGGACAGGGAGCCCCGCCCCGCCCAGAGACCUCCUUCCAGUCCCUCCAUUGGGCAGGCAGCAGGAGGGGAGGGGCCAGGCGGCUAGUCCUGGGCCAAGCCCUGUAUAUUCACUAAUAAAUCAGACAUGAAACCAG